AUAAUCUGACUUAAAAUCAGACACACCAAACGCUCCGACAAAUUGAGUGGAUUAAAGGUGUUUGCUUUCUUAUCCAGCUGGGACAAAAAACAUGGAGGCUCCUCUGCUUGACACAGCCUCUGCUGGAGAUUCUGAGCCAAUAAGGAGCUUGGGAGAGUUGAAGUCUGUUAUAUGUUUGGAGAGUGUGAAAGUGUGGAAAAUAGCAGGUCCAGCCGUGAUUACUAUACUUUCUCAGUUCGGUGUCUAUGGAAUUAACACUAUGUUUGUAGGUCACCUCGGGGAUAUUGAACUCGCGUCUGUCUCUGUUUCUCUCAAUAUCGUUGGUACCUUCUCUUUUGGUUUCAUGUUGGGUAUGGGGAGCGCUCUGGAAACGCUUUGUGGACAGGCAUAUGGUGCAGGGCAAGUUCAUAUGCUUGGGAUUUACAUGCAGCGUUCAUGGAUAGUCUUAUUGGUUUCCUGCUUCUUCAUACUGCCAAUUUACAUAUUUGCAACUCCAAUCCUGAAAUUCUUUGGUCAAGUAGAUCAAAUAGCUGAUCUUGCUGGGACAUUCACACUGCAAACAAUUCCUCAACUAUUCUCACUUGCUAUCAAUUUCCCAUGUCAAAAAUUCCUCCAAGCUCAAAGCAAGGUCAAUGUGCUUGCAUCAAUUGCAUUUUCGUCUCUGAUAUUGCACAUGGCAAUGCUUUGGCUGUUCAUUUACCAACUGGGUUGGGGCACAACUGGUGCAGCCGUGGCCUUCGACAUUAGCAGAUGGGGGAUUGCAGUGGCUGAAGUUGUGUACAUAAUGGUUUGGUGCAGAGAAGCUGGUUGGAAUGGGUUCUCAUGGUUGGCAUUCAAGGACAUUUGGCCUUUCGUUAGGCUAUCGCUUGCCUCAGCUCUCAUGCUGUGCUUGGAGAUUUGGUACACAACCGCUGUUUACCUUAUAAGUGGUCAUCUAGAUAAUCCAGUAAUUGCUGUUGGUGCCCUUUCUAUUUGCUUGAAUAUAAAUAAUUGGCAAAUGAUGUUCUUCGUGGGAUUAAAUGCUGCAAUUAGCGUACGUGUUUCCAAUGAGCUUGGCAGGGGACAUCCAAGAGCAGCCAAACACGCGGUCUAUGUGACAAUUUUUGAGUCUCUCCUAAUUGGGAUAUUGUGCAUGGUCAUAAUCUUCAUUACAAGAAAUAAAUUUUCCAUCAUUUACACAAGUGAUGAGGCUUUGCAGAGAGCCGUUUCUCACCUGGCUUACCUUCUUGGAGCGACUAUGCUUCUUAACAGCGUGCAGCCUGUAAUAUCAGGGGUUGCAAUUGGAGGAGGCUGGCAAGCAAUGGUAGCUUACAUAAACUUGGGCUGUUACUACAUUUUUGGGCUCCCACUUGGAUAUCUUCUUAGCCAUGUUGCCAAUUUGGGAGUGAUGGGACUUUGGGGGGGUAUGAUUUGUGGACUGGCUCUACAAACCAUAUUUCUUUUGUUUGUACUCUUUAAAACCAAUUGGAACAAAGAGGUGGAGCAAUCGUCGGAGCGCAUGCGAAAGUGGGGUGACCAAUUUAUUAAAAAUGACCAGAAAAGUAAUGAAAAUUCAUGAAUUCUGUCAUGGACAAUGGUUAUAGCUUCUGCACCUAUUUGUGGAAGAUUUACUCUUUUCUCGAUUACCUUCUGUCAUAUUAAUUGAAACGAUGCUAUGCAGCACAACUUGUUGUGCAACUGCCACAAGUGGUGUAAUGAUUACACCACUAGUUGUAGGAGCUAAAAAUUAAAUAAACCAGUACUAAGGCUUGCAUGUAACAUUUCAUAGUACUACCAAAAAAAUUUUUUUAAAGAAAUAUUACUAAUAAAAAAAAAGAAAAAAAACUUUCCGAGGUGCUUUCUUUUGGUUCUUGGAACUA